UAUCAAGAAAGGAAACACUAUCCACAAAAAUAUCAAGAAACCCAAUGUUUUCAAAUAUAUUGGCCGUGGUGGCUAUACAACUCCUUAUACGCAGCGUUUCUUCUCAAAACGUUACCAAUGAGUAUUUGAACCACCAAUGCAACAACACCCAAGGGAGAUACACGCGGGGGAGUACGUUUGAGAAGAAUCUCAACCAAGUCAUCCAUAACAUCUCCCACCUUCAUCUUCGCAACGGUUACACCUACGAAUCCAAUGUUGUGGCUUAUGAAGUUAGUAAGGAUCCAAACAUUGUCUUCGUUUUGCUUCAGUGCCGUGGUGACUCUUAUGGGUCCAAGUGCCACUCCUGCCUCCACACAGCCCUCUCUGGGCUUCGUGAGAGAUGUCCGGGAAACAGAGGAGCAAUAAUAUGGUACGACCAGUGUGUUUUGGAGAUUUCUUCGGUCAAUACCAAAGGGAGGAUUCGUUACGAUAGUUUUUUCAAUAUGACCAACCUAAAGAAUGUGAGUAGCGAUGCGGAGCAGUUUAAAAAUAAAAGGAAGGAUCUCUUCGACAAGCUAUUGGUAAAAGCCACUAAGGAUGUAAGCGAAAAGAAUGGUUGGUACGCAGUGGGUGAGACGAGGAUAGGGAGAAAUAAGUUGUAUGCAAUGAUGCAGUGUGCGCUAGACUUAACACCGAACGGUUGCUAUGUGUGUCUAGAAUGGAUUACUGGUAGGUAUGAUAGUUACUACUUCGACCGUACACAAGGAGGGAGAGUUUUGGGUAGGAGUUGUAGCUUAAGGUAUGAGAUUUACCCUUUUCUUAGAAGGUAAAAGGACUUUUAGAUGAGGGCUCCAUUUCUCUCUACCUUUCACAAUUUUGCAAUGUAAUUUGAACAUAAUAAAUAUCCCAUUAUUUU